AUGCUCCUGCUCCUUGUCCUGCUGAGCAUCUCAGGAUCCCCCAGGGCUGAGGCAGGGGAGAUCAUCGGGGGACACGAGGCCAAGCCCCACUCCCGACCCUACAUGGUGUAUCUGAAGGUCUAUGAUAGGGAACCAUAUUCUCCAAGAAGGUGUGGGGGGUUCCUGAUCCGAAAGGACGUGGUGCUGACGGCCGCUCACUGUCAUGGCAGCACAAUCAAUGUGACCCUGGGCGCCCACAACAUCCAACAUAAGGAGGACAGCCAGCAGGUGAUCCUCAUGAGCAAAGCCAUCCCUCACCCCGACUAUGAUGCUAGAAUCUUCUCCAACGACAUCAUGUUGCUCAAGUUGGCAAGUAAGGCCAAGAUGACUAAGAACGUGAAGACGCUCCGCCUGCCGGGACGAAGGAGCCGGCUGCGGCGGGGCCGGGUGUGCAGUGUGGCUGGCUGGGGGCAGGUGGCGCCGAGGAGCAAGUUUCCUGACAGGCUGCAGGAGGUGCUGCUGACGGUGUGGGCUGACGAGGAGUGUGAAUCUCUCUUUGGCUACUACAACAGAACCGUCCAGAUCUGCGUAGGGGACCCCAAGGGGGAAAAGGCGACCUUUAAGGGAGAUUCCGGGGGUCCCCUCGUGUGUGACAACGUGGCUCAGGGCAUCGUGGCCUAUGGAAAGAACAAUGGAUCACCACCCCAGGUCUUCACCAGAAUCUCCAGUUUCCUGCCAUGGAUAAAGAAAACCCUAAGAAAGAUUUAA